AAAACCACAUGAGUACAGGCAUCCAUCAAGCCACAUGUCAACAUUGUAUUCUGGUUGUGGUGGUGUGAUGAUGUGUUGUGUUUAAAAGGCACACAAUGGCCCCCUCGAUAAAAGUGGAGCAAUGUUUGAAUGCAACAGGAUAUCUGAACAUCAUUGCCAAUCAGGUGCAUCCCUUCAUGGCAGCAGUGUACACAGUGUACAUCUGCAAAUAGAUUUUUGCCACAAGGCUAGGAUUGUCCAGGAAUGGUUCCAGGAACAUGACAGUGAAUUCAGUUUACUGUAGUGGCCUGUAGGGAUUAAUAUCUUCCCGACCAUGUGAAGGGAACCUUGGGAGAGGUGAGUGCUGAGAGGGGUAAGCCAGGACGCUGUAACCAUGGAUGAAGCGAUGGUAGAAGAAAACCCCAGGAAACGUUGCAGCUGCACUCUGGAUGUGGGUUGAGGCCAAUCUACCACCGCUCUCACCUUGUCUGGAUCCAUCUGUAUAUAUGCUGCAGCGAUGACGUAUCCAAGGAAGGAGAUAGUGGAGUGAUGGAACUUACACUUCUCCGCUUUAAUGAGAAGGACUUGUCUGACGUGGAGGAAAUGUUUGUGAGCCGACCGGGAAAAGACCAGGAUGUCGUUGAGGUACACAACACGAACCGGUUCAGCAUGUCCCGGAGCACAUCGCUGACCUGGGCCUGGAACACCGCGGGUACGAUGGUCAGCCCGAAUGGCAUAACUACGUACUCAUAGUGCUGAAGGUCCAACUUAGAGAAGAUGGUCGCUCCCUGAAGAGGUUUGAAAGCCGAGGAGCUGUGGUAGAGGGGCAUUCUUUUUACCGUGAUGUCAUUAUGGCCCUUGUAGUCAAUACAUGGGCGCAGGGUUUUGUCCUUCUCCACAUAGAAGAACCCUGCGCCGGCGGGGGAGGCCGAUGGGCGAAUACUCCCUACAACGAGUACGUUUUCAAUGUACUCUUCCAUAGCCUUGGACUCCGGACCCGACAGAGAGUAAAGCCGCCACCGAGGGGGUGUACUGCCUGAGAGAAGGUCAAUGGCACAGUCGUAGGGUCAAUGCGGAGGGAGAGCGGUAGCAUGGGCCUUGUUGAAGACCUCCCGGAGGUCCAGAUACUCCGCGGGAAUGGGGGAGAGGUCCAAGGCUUCUUUCAAGCCUGCAGGGUGACGUCCCGGGGCAGGCUGGGCCAACUUGCGACAAUGAGCAUUGCAGAACGGGCUCCAACCCACGAUAGCGCCAGUAGCCCAGUCGAUCAGGGGAUUAUGCUUCUGGAGCCAUGAAUAUCCCAAAACCAUGGGUACAUGGGGAGAUUCGAUGAGCAGGAACUGCAUACACUCUGCAUACUGUGAUUCCCUGAUCCUCGUAGAUUGAUAGGAAUCGUAUUGCGGGUGACUCGGCCAAUAUAUCGCCCCACGUCCAUGGGAAUGGAGAGGGGCUGAGUGGUGACACCAAGGUAGCAUUGAUAAAGCUUUCAUCAGCCCCAGAGUCAACGAGCACCCGGAGUGAUUUGGCCUGCUCACCCCAUAACAGGGUAGCAUGGAGAAGGGAGUAUUGGGAGAUAGUAUUGGGAAAUAUAAUGUUCUGUAUUCCCAUAAUACUGACAGCUCCUGGUGUUCAGUCUGCGUAAACGUUCAUCGAGCCCUCCCCAGUAGCUUGGGCUCUGAAGGAGGUGAGUUGACCGCCCUUGGUGGUUCCCGUGAGCACUUGGGUGACAUCGGAGUUUCUCGGAACUGCCUUCCGGGUUUUCCGGGAUUCCGGGAAUUGAGGUGGGAAUCGAGGGCGAGCGAAGGCGACGGGACAGAUUUCCUCUCCCUCCUACGUUUUCGUAGCCGCCCAUCGAUCCAGAUGGUCAAGGCUGUGAGGGAGUCUAGGUCCAUGGGCAACUCCCAGGCUGCGAGCUCAUCUUUGAUCACCUCCGAUAAUCUGUGAAGGAACAUGUCGAACAAUGCUUCCGGGUUCCAGGCACUCUCAGCCGCCAACGUGCGAAAAUCCACCACGUAGUCUGCCACACUAUGGGAGUCUUGUGCUGGAGCAGUUUAUGAGCAGCCUCUCUCCCGUACAACGGAGACUUGGAACACCUUCCAUACUUCCGCCACGAACUCCUCCAGACUGAGGCAGACGGCAGACUGUUGCUCCCACACCACCGUAGCCCAGAUAAGUGCCCUCCCGGACAUCAGCGUCAUGAUGCAUGCUAUCCUCGAGCGGUCCGAGGGGAACAAAGAAGGCUGCAGCUCGAAGACAAGGGAGCACUGGGAGAGAAAGGCCCGGCAGAUUCCAGAAUCUCCAGCAUAAUGCUCCGGAGGAUGUAAGCAGGAAUCUUGGGACACUGGAGUAGACUGGGAAUAAGCACUGCUGGUGGCGGGCCUGCUGAAAGUCUGGAGAAUGAAUAGUGUGGCUUGCUGCUUUGUAGAGAAUCCGCUGAAUUUCUCCAGCAAUGUAUCGAACGCCUGGUCAUGGCAUUCCGCCAGGGUAAGGAGUCCCUCCAUAAGGCAUUGCAGUAACUCCUCAUGUCUUCCGAUGAUGGCUGCUUUCUAGGAGACAACAUUGUGGAGCUGGUCUGCCUGCUGGGUCAGUCAUGGCCAGUUCGUACUAUCAGAUAAGACCCAGAUGCAGACAGGUAGAAUCACCGAUGUUUAUUGACCCAAACAGGGGGCAGGCAAAAGACAGGUCAAGGUCAGGAAUAGGUCAGAGUCCAGGGCAGAGUCGAUAAGGUACAGAGCAGCAGGCAGGCUCGGGGUCAUGGCAGGCAGAGGUUCGUAAUUGGGUCAGAGUCAGGCAGGUACAGAACAGCAGGCAGACUCGAGGGCAGGCAAAAUGAUCAGAACCGGGGAAACUAGGAAACAUAAACUUGAGAAAGCAGGAAGAUGGGAAACACACCGUUGACCUCUUAAGACAAGAUGAACUGGCAGCAGACAAACAUAACACAAGUAUAAAUGCACAGGCUAUAAUGGGGGAGAUGGGCGACACCUGGAUGGGGGUGGAGACGAGCACAAAGAAGGGGAAACCGAUCAGGGUAUGACAGUUUGGAUAAUGUACUAUUCAUUUUUUUGCUAAUCUGCUGCUGUGCAUGUGUAUUUUGUGGAGUUGCAUUAGUGCGACAUUGGGGACAUUUUUGUCAUUUCCCAGUUCUUGGCAUUCGUUUUUUUCAGGAAAUGUUAAAUUUUCCCAGGAUAGUCCCAGGAUCCUAGUUAUCCAUGUUAAUCCCUAGUGUCCUGCCCAGUCACCAGAUCUCAAUCCAAUUGAGCAUCUGUGUGAGGAAAUAGAACAAACAAUUUGAAGUAGAGAUCCACUACCAGACAACUUGGAGUCAACAUGGGCCAGCAUACCUGUGGAACCUUUGAAGGAAAAAGGGGGUUCAACUCAAUAUUAGGAGGGUGUUAGAAGGUGUUCCUAAUGUUUUGUACACUCAGCGUAUGCCUUUGAUUCUGUAAGAUCCUAGUACACCAAGCCUACCUCCAUUUAUAAGAACACAAAUUAGUCUACAGUAUAGGCCUAGAAUUCUGAAACAAUCUGAAACAAAAAUGGUUCAAAGAUGGCGUAGCAGUCGGAUGUGUUUGUUUUGUCUUGUCCCGUCCUGUCCCAUGGAAAUAUAGUUUUCCUAAUUUUUUUUCUCGUAUAUAUUUCAAUCUCACUUUCCAUCUACGGACUGAAUAUACUCUCCUGCAACCCGCCUCACCCAAUGUGGUAUGGAUCUGCUAUUUUUAUACUUUAGAACCGGAACCCCGAUCAGAAGCUAGCCAGCUAACUAGCUACUAGCUAGUAGUCAGUUAGCCACUGCUAGCGGUCUUCACCGUUAACUCAGACACCAGCCAGUCUCAGCUCGGUCAAUACCUGCCAGUCUGCACAGUGCGAUAUCAACCCAGAGGAUAUCGGACUGCUUUUUCUCUACCACAUCUCCGGAUUCCUAACGCAAGCUCUGAACCUUUACACAGGAUCAUCGCAGCUAGCUAGCUACAAUCCGAGUGGCUACUCCUGGCUAACGUCUCUGUCCCGAAGCAAGCACCAGUUAGCCUUGAUCUAGCCUCAAGCUAAGCCCAUCUCCCAGCUAGCCGAAGAGGUCCGCCAGCCAAUUCUUGGGCUACAAUACCUCUUUUGCCAAUUGGCCUGGACCCUUUACUGCCGACACGGAGCCCCGCCGAUCCAUUACGACUGGUCUGCCGACGUAAUCGUCUGAGGUGGUCUCAACAGGCUCUUCCGUUGCGAUGUCGCCGAAGGCCCAUCUGCUAGGACCGGCCCGCUAGUUGUCUGAAUCGCCGUGUCUCCAGCAUGCCUAGCGUAGUAGCGACUACUGAAUCGGCUCCUUGACUCACCUGUUGCUACUCAUUGGACCCUAUGAUCACUCGGCUUCACAUGCCUCUCCCUAAUGGCAAUCUGCCAUGGCUAUUGCUGUUUUGGUUAGGGAUUAUGGUCUUCUUUCACUGUGGAGCCCCCAAACCUGCUCAAAAUGCCUUAGAUAGCCCUUUUGUCCCAACCCCCACACAUCUUGUGAGCUCACUUGGCUUAACUGGUGCCUCUAGAGACAAAACCUCUCAUCGUCACUCAAUGCCUAGAUUUACCUCCACUGUACUCACAUGCUACCAUAGUCUUGUUUGUACAUUAUGCCUUGAAUCUAUUCUUCCACGCAAAGGAAUCUGCUCCUUUUACUCUCUGUUCCGAACGCACUAGACAACCAGUUUUUAUAGCCUUUAGCCGUACCCUUAUCCUACUCGUCCUCUGUUCCUCUGGUGAUGUAGAGGUUAACCCAGGCCCUGCAGCCCCCAGCACCACUCCCAUUCCCCAGGCACUCUCAUUUGUUGACUUCUGUAACUGUAAAAGCCUUGGUUUCAUGCAUGUUAACAUCAGAAGCCUCCUCCCUAAAUUUGUUUUAUUCACUGCUUUAGCACACUCCGCCAACCCUGAUGUCCUAGCCGUGUCUGAAUCCUGGCUUAGGAAGGCCACCAAAAAUCCUGACAUUUCCAUCCCCAACUACAACAUUUUCCAACAAGAUAGAACUGCCAAAGGCGGUGGAGUUGCAAUCUAUUGCAGAGAGAGCCUGCAGAGUUAUGUCAUACUAUCCAGGUCUGUGCCCAAACAAUUCGAGAUACUACAUUUGAAAAUCCAACUUUCCAGAAACAAGUCUCUCACCAUUGCCGCUUGUUAUAGACCCCCCUCAGCCCCCAGCUGUGCCCUGGACACCAUAAGUGAUUUGAUUUCCCUCCAUCUAUCUUCCGAGUUCGUACUGUUAUGGGACCUAAACUGGGACAUGCUUAACACUCCGGCCAUCUUACAAUAUAAGCUUGAUGCCCUCAAUCUCAAAAAUUAUCAAGGAACCUACCAGGUACAACCCUAAAUCCGUAACCAUGGAUUUAAAUACACCUCUGCUGUCUUCAACCAGGAUCUCAGCGAUCACUGCCUCAUUGCCUGCUCCGUAAUUGGUCCGCGGUCAAACGACCACCCCUCAUCACUGUCAAACGCUCCCUAAAACACUUCAGCGAGCAGGCCUUUCUAAUCGACCUGGCCCAGGUAUUGACCUCAUCCCGUCAGUAAAGGAUGCCUGGUUGCUCUUUAAAAGUGCUUUCCUCACCAUCUUAAAUGCGCAUGCACCAUUCAAAAAAUGUAGAACUAAGAACAGAUAUAGCCCUUGGUUCAACCCAGACUUGACUGCCCUUGACCAGCACAAAAACAUCCUGUGGCCUUCUGCAUUAGCAUCGAACAGCCCCCACGAUAUGCAACUUUUCAUACAAGUCAUGAACUAAUAUACACAGUCAGUUAGGAAAGCUAAGGUUAGCUUUUUCAAACAGAAAUAAGCAUCAUGUAGCACUAAUUCCAAAAAGUUUUGGGACACUGUAAAGUCCAUGGAGAAUAAGAGCACCUCCUCCCAGCUGCCCACUGCACUGAGGCUAGGAAACACUGUCACCACCGAUAAAUCUACGAUAAUCGAUAAUUUCAAUAAGCAUUUUUCUACGGAUGGCCAUGCUUUCCACCUGGCUACCCCAACCCCGGCCAACAGCUCUGCACCCCCUUCAGCUACUUGCCCAAGCGCCCACCCCCGCCCGCUUCUCCUUCACCCAAAUCCAGACAGCUGAUGUUCUGAAAAAGCUGCAAAAUCUGGAUCUCUACAAAUCAGCUGGGCUCACAACAAUCUGGACCAUCUCUUCCUAAAAUUAUCUGCCAAAAUUGUUGCAACCCCUAUUACUAGCCUGUUCAACCUCUCUUUCGUAUCAUCUGAGAUUCCCAAAGAUUGGAAAGCUGCCGCGGUAAUCCCCCUCUUCAAAGGGUGAGACACUCUAGACCCAAACUGUUAGAGACCUAUAUCCACCCUGCCCUUCUAAAAUCUUCGAAAGCCAAGUUAACAAACAGAUCACCAACCAUUUCAAAUUCCACUGUACCUUCUCCACUAUGCAAUCUGGUUUCUGAGCUGGUCAUGGGUGCACCUCAGCCACGCUCAAGGUCCUAAACGAUAUCAUAACCGCCAUCGAUAAAAAACAGUACUGUGCAGCCAUCUUCAUCGACCUGGCCAAGGCGUUCAAACUCUGUCAAUCACCUCAUUCUUAUUGGCAGACUCAAUAGCCUCAAUAGACUGCUUCGCCUGGUUCACCAACUACUUCUCAGAUAGAGUUCAGUGUGUCAAAUCGGAGGGCCUGUUGUCCGGACCUCUGCCAAUCUCUAUGGAGGUGCCACAGGGUUCAAUUCUCGGGCUGACUCCUUACUCUGUAUAUAUCAAUGAUGUCGCUCUUGCUGCUGGUGAUUCUCUGAUCCACCUCUACACCGACGUCACCAUUCUGUAUACAUCUGGCCCUUCUUUGGACACUGUGUUAACAAACCUCCAAACAAUCUUCAAUGCCAUACACCACUCCUUCCGUGGCCUCCAACUGCUUUUAAAUACUAGUAAAACUAAAUGCAUGCUCUUCAACCGAUUGCUGCCCGCACCCGCCCGCCCAACUACCAUCACUACUCUGGACAGUUCUGACUUAGAAUAUGUGGACAACUACAAAUACCUAGGUGUCUGGUUAGACUGUAAACUCUCCUUCCAGACUCACAUUAAGCAUCUCCAAUCAAAAAUUAAAUCAAAAAUCGGCUUCCUUUUUUGCAACAAAGCCUCCUUCACUCAUGCUGCCAAACAUACCCUCGUAAAACUGACUAUCCUACCGAUCCUUGACUUCGGCGAUGUCAUUUACAAAAUAGCCUCCAACAUGUAUUCUAUCACAGUGCCAUCCGUUUUGUCACCAAAGCCCCAUAUAUUACCCACCAUUGCGACCUGUAUGCUCUCGUUGGCUGGCCCUCGUUACAUAUUCGUUGCCAAACCCACUGGCUCCAGGUCAUCUAUAAGUUUUUGCUAGGUAAAGUCCCGCCUUAUCUCAGCUCACUGGUCACCAUAGCAACACCCACCCGUAGCAUGCGCUCCAGCAGGUAUAUUUCACUGGUCAUCCACAAAGCCAACACUUCUUUUGGCUGCCUUUCUUUCCAGUUCUCUGCUGCCAAUGACUGGAAAGAAUUGCAAAAAUCACUGAAGCUGGAGACUUAUAUCUCCCUCUCUAACUUUAAGCAUCAGCUGUCAGAGCAGUUUACCGAUCACUGUACCUGUACACAACCAAUCUGUAAAUAGCACACCCAACUACCUCAUCCCCAUAUUGUUAUUUAUAUUCUUGCUCUUUUGCACCCCAGUAUCUCUACUUGCACAUCAUCAUCUGCACAUCUAUCACCCAGUGUUAUUGCUAAAUUGUAAUUAUUUCUCCUCUAUGGCCUAUUUAUUGCCUUACCUUCCUACUCUUCUACAUUUGCACACACUGUACAUAUAUUUUUCUAUUGUGUUAUUGACUGUACAUUUGUUUAUGUGUAACUCUGUUGUUUUUGUCGCACUUCUUUACUUUAUCUUGGCCAGGUUGCAGUUGUAAAUGAGAACUUGCUCUGAACUGGCCUACCUGGUUAAAUGAAGGUGAAAUAAAAUAAACAUUCAGUGUGCAAUCUUUCUCACAAUUUGAUUACAUACACUAGUUUAUUAAAACACAUAUCUUUAUUGGUUUCCAAGGGAUUGCUUUGCUUUCCUUGCUUGUAGCACUAGGGAGGACUUGGCUAGUUCUUUCCUCAUGUCUAUGAGUCAUAGCUACAGUGGCUCUCCACCACAGUCUGCAGAAUUCCAUUGCCUAGUUAUUAUGGCUUUACUGGAACUAAAUAUUGCCUUGAAAUAAUCAUCAAUGUAACUACCCAUUUGUGUUUUUAAUCACAUUGUUUGUGAGGGAGCACAGUUUUGGUAGUUUUGGGUUAUAUUGAAGUGUUCAGCUGCCACGAAUAGGGAUGACUUCUGACUGCAUAGCCUACGAUCAAAUAUGACAUGUUUUCUAUAACCUCGUAGUUGAUAUACUCAUGUAGAGGCAAAAGCUGUACACCAAUGAAAUAAAAGAAGGAUGGAAUUUAAUACUGACAAACCAUGUUUACAUUAGCACUUUUAGUGUUGAGCAAUUGUUUUGCAAUUUAAAUGUAGCAUCAUGAAUUUACUUGGGCAAUUCACCAUUCAUCCUUAAAAGUCACACACACCCAGUGAAUGAAGGGAGGGGAAGAUAGGCGGAGCAUUGAGGAAAUCUCUCUCUCUCUCUCUGUGGUCAAAUAUAUGGGCACUAACAGACGGAUUCUCAGACAGUGUUCCUAGGCUGGUAAUUCAUUUACAGAACAUACACUGACAACUGGAGCUAUUUUCACAGUCAGAAAGACAAGUUGACCAUCAGACGCUGACUUACACUUUCCCGCUUCUACAACACCUUUCAAGGUAAGUCUCAUGGAAAAUUAUCCUAUGAAAUAGAUACACAACUUAUGUUUUUGGUUGAGUUGAUUAUCCAAUUACAUAUCAAAGACUAGCCAACAGAUAAUAUUUUUUUCAAUUACAAGUUCAAUUAUGAAUAGCCUUUCUAAGGCCAAAGUUUUGAAUGUUGUUUUCAAAUUCAGUUGUUUUCAAAUUCCAGCAGCAGGACUUUCUUUUGGAAUACUAGGCUACCUUCACCUACCAUGACGAUGCCUAACCAGAAUCGAACCCCCCGCGGCGUGAGCACGCCGCUCUCCCCCAACCGCAUCACGCGGCUGCAGGAGAAGGAUGACCUGUGCAACCUCAAUGACCGCCUGGCCGUCUACAUCGACAAGGUACGCUCGCUGGAAUCCGAGAAUGCGGGGCUGCGGCUGCGCAUUACUGAAUCGGAGACCGAGAUUAGCCGGGAGAUGAAGGGCAUGAAGGCUGCUUAUGAGGCCGAGCUUGCUGACGCCAGGCAGACUCUGGACUCGGUGGCCAAAGAGCGUGCCCGACUGCAGCUGGAACUAGGCAAGGUGCGGGAGGACUACAAGGAGCUCAAGGCCAGGAACACAAAGAAGGAGUCCGACCUGGCGGGUGCGCUCCUCCGGCUGAAGGACCUGGAGGCUUUGUUGAACUCUAAGGAUGCAUCCCUGACCACUGCCCUGGGAGAGAAACGCAACCUUGAGGCAGAGGUCAGGAACCUAAAGGCCCAGCUAGCCAAGCUGGAGACCAGUCUGAGCGAUGCUAAGAAGCAGCUGCAGGAUGAGAUGCUAAGGAGAGUGGAUGGAGAGAACCGCAUCCAGACAGUAAAAGAAGAGCUGGAGUUCCAGAAGAACCUCUACAAAGAGGAGCUGAGAGAAACGAAGCGACGCCACGAGUCUUGCAUGGUGGAGCUGGGUAACGGAAAACAGGAGGACCUUGAGAGCAGGCUGGCCGAGGCCCUGAUGGAGAUGCGCUCCCAGCACGAGCUACAGAUCAAGAUGUACAAGGAUGACAUAGAGAAAACCUAUACAUCUAAGUUGGAGAAUGCCCGUCAGUCUGCUGACAGGAGCAGCCACCUGGUGGGGGCAGCCCAUGAGGAGCUGCAGCAGACCAGAGUACGCAUCGAGUCUAUGUCUGCCCAACUCAGCCAGCUGCAAAAACAGUUGGCAGCCCGUGAGGCGAAGGUGAGGGACCUGGAGGAGGCGUUGUCUCGUGAGAGGGACACCACGCGCCGUCUGCUGGGGGAUAAGGAGAGAGAGAUGGCUGAGAUGAGACAGAGGAUGCAGCAGCAGCUGGAUGAGUAUCAGGAGCUGCUGGAUGUCAAACUGGCCCUGGACAUGGAGAUCUCUGCCUACAGAAAGCUACUGGAGGGAGAGGAGCAGAGGCUGCGUCUGUCCCCCAGCCCUCCCUCCACACGAGUGACAGGAAGUGGAUCAGGCACCCGUACCGUCCACUGCAGUUCCUCUACCAAGAAGCGGCGUCUCAACAACACCGACAGUGAGGCCUCAGGCCUGACAGGAGGCACAGUGGCGCGAACACGCAUCACCCAGCAGGCUUCUGCCAGUGGACGUGUCACUGUGGAUGAAGUGGACCUGGAUGGGAAGUAUGUGUUGCUCAGCAACAAAGCAGAUGAGGACCAGAACCUGGGAAACUGGCAGCUGAAGCGACAGAUGGGCUCCGGCACCCCCGUCGCCUUCAAGUUCCCCCCUAAAUUCACCCUGAAGGCUGGACAGAGGGUCACGAUCUGGGCAUCUGCAGCUGGCGGCAGCCACAACCCCCCUUCUGACCUGGUGUGGAAGACCCAGACCUCAUGGGGCAGUGGAGACCACUUCCAGACCACUCUGAUCAGUGCCAACGGAGAGGAAAUGGCUAUGAGGAAGGUGACCCGCACCCUAUUUGACGAGGAUGAUGAUGACAUGAUGGCCCAUAGCACAUGCGGAGGAGAUGGUGAGUAUAACCUGCGGAGCCGGUGUGGCUCCUGUGGCCUGCCCGCUGACAGCAAGUCCAGCGGCGGCUUCUCUGUGUCCUCCGCCUCCCGCUCCAUCCGAAGUGGGGGCAUCGCUGAGGGUCUCCUCCCACACUCCUAUGUUGUGAGCAGCAGCACGUCUCGUAGGAGUGGAUCUAGAAUGGAGAACUGCCCCAUCAUGUGAAGCCUUGAGUUCUAACUGGUGCACAUGGACUCCAUUUCAUCUCAAUUUUAUAUAUAUAUAUAACUUUUUUUAUACUCUUUAUCCAAUCAAGUUUUUCUAAAUGUAUACAUUGUAAUACAUUCAGACAUGCACAUGUAUUGUAUUUGAUGUAUGUGUAGAUCCAGACAGAGCACAAAUAAAGGUUAGAUUAAUUUGUUGGCAUGAAAAUUUGAUUUAACCACUAGUGCCACUGCCAGCUAUAUAUUUUCCCAAUGGAUCCCUGCAUGUUACAGUAUGCCUCCAGUCUGAUCUGGAACACAUCUUACUUCUAUUCAUGUCACAAUUAAUAAAAUAAUAGAAUAGAAUAA